AUGAUUCAACAUGGUGCUAACAAGCUAGCCAACCCGGAUGCUGGCGAUGCCGCCGACACUACCAUAGAUGACAUCGAAGACAUCCUGCGCAAGGGUGAAGAACGAACUGCUGAGCUCAGUAAGAAAUAUGAAGCCCUUGGCAUCGAUGACCUGCAGAAGUUCUCAUCUGAGAGUGCAUACGAGUGGAACGGAAAGGAUUUCACUGAGCGCAAGAAGGACAUUGGAAUCAGCUGGAUCAACCCCGCCAAGCGUGAGCGCAAGGAGCAGUUCUACUCAAUCGACCAGUACUAUCGCCAGACUUUAUCCACGGGAGGCCGGACAGCCGACACUAAGCCUAAGGUUCCUCGUGCCCCAAAGCAGAUCACUGUCCACGACUGGCAAUUCUUCCCUCCCGGUCUUCACGAGCUGCAAGAAAAAGAGACAGCCUAUUUCCACAAGGAAAUCGGUUACAAGGCGCAGCUUCCCGAAGGCCCUGAAGAGGAGUCUAGCGAGCGAGAGGCCGAGAGAGACCUUGAGCAACAGGAGAUUGACAAUGCUGUACCCCUGACCGAAGAGGAGCAAGCCGAGAAGACCCGCAUGUCGGAAGAAGGUUUCGCAACCUGGAACCGACGUGAUUUCCAACAAUUCGUCAAUGGAUCUGCCAAGUUUGGCCGCACCGACUAUGUCGGCAUCGCCACCGAGGUGGAUAGCAAGGAGCCGGAUGAGAUCGAAGAAUAUGCCAAGGUCUUCUGGCAGCGAUACACUGAAAUCCAGGAUUACACAAAGUACCUCAAGGUCAUCGAUCAGGGUGAAGAGAAGGUGCGCAAGAUCGACCAUCAGCGAAAGAUGCUGCGCAAGAAGUUGGAAAUGUAUCGCUCGCCUCUCCAGCAGCUCAAGAUCAACUACACAGUUUCCACCACCAACAAGAAGGUCUACAUCGAAGAGGAAGACCGCUUCCUCUUGGUCAUGCUGGACAAGUAUGGUGUCGAGGGCGAAGAUCUCUAUGAGCGAAUUCGCGAGGAGAUCCAUGAAUCAUCUCUGUUCCGCUUCGACUGGUUCUUCCUCAGCCGCACACCCGUGGAGAUUGGUCGUCGCUGCACCACCCUGCUGAACACUGUGGCCAAGGAAUUCGAGACCAAUGGCGAUAGCAAGGGUCGCGGCCGUGAUCGUGACGAGGAUGAAGAGAUUGAAGACGCAGCUCCGGCCAAGAAGAAGGCCAAGAACGGUGCCAACAAGCAGGUCAAGGCCACCAAGGGAGGCAGCAAGGCUGCCUCAACAGCAAGCUCUCGGGCGACUAGUACCGCUGCGACUAAGUCGAAGAGUCGCAAGAGAUAA